AUGCCCAAAUUUAUACCAAGAUUUGAUUUCCCACGAUAUAAUAUCCCUAUUGCAGAUUUCAAGGGCCAUCAGCUCAAGGCUUUACGUCGAUUUGAAAAAUUGAAACCACAAUUUCACCUUGUACUAGAGCUUCGUGAUUUAAGAGCGCCGCUAUCGACAAGAAAUGUACUUUUAGAUCAAGUUGUGGAUAAACGUCAUCAUGAAAGAUUAGUAAUUUAUACCAAAAGAGAUUGUUUCCCAUCGAGCAGCCCGUAUUUGGAUCGAUUAGCACAAUGGCAUGCUGAAUUAGAAGAAAACUUUCUAAUGGUAGACUCUCGUCAUCGUAAUGCAAGUAAUCAUAUCCUUCGUUGUAUCCAUUGGCACCACGAAUUGCAUCGUGAAAAAAAUUACGGACUAGCACCUCCAUUGGGAUUCAAAGUACUUGUAACUGGUAUGCCCAAUGUUGGUAAAUCAACGUUGAUAAAUUCGAUGAGAGGUUCAUCUGGUAAAGUUGCACGUACUGGUUCUGAAGCUGGUGUAACUAGAAGUACAAGUGAAUCGAUAAAAAUUGGUCAAGAUGGUAAUGGUGUUUACCUAAUAGAUACACCUGGUGUUGGACUUCCUGCGAGACUUAGUGAUGCAAAUCGUAUGCUAGCAUUAACACUUUGUGGUUGUGUUAAAAGGAGCCUGGUAGAUCCUUGGAUUCAAGCUGAUUACCUACUUUAUUUGAUGAAUUUGCAAUUACCAUAUGGAACAGAUAAUAUCAAGGAAGCUGAACGAAAGUUAUCCACAUAUCCUGGUGCUUUGGAAGAACCAACAAACGAUCUUGAAGUUGUUCUCAAUCGCCUACGUCGUCAUCCUCGAGAAUCAGAUACCAGUGUAGCAUUGCGCUGGUUAGAGGAACCCCGUUCAGGACUGGUGUUAGAUCCAGAACUGCUGUUACCCUGUGCUGAUUUCUCUAUGAGCCAACAUGUCAAACAAGAACUGAAGCAUGCUCGUAAGGCAAUGAGGAAAUGA